AUGCUCAAUUCUGCGUUACUGUGGAAGGUUUGGCUACGAAUAGACAACUCCACUGAUGAAGUAAACCAACCAAUUGCUGUACAGUUCGAUGAAAUAGAUACUGUUGAUGAUUUGAAGAGCAGGUUUUUUCAGAAACUGAGUUCGACUCGAUGGCGAGAAAUUAACGAUAAUGCUUCCAUUGCAAUAGGCCUCUACGCACCUAAAUUUGACAAUCAAGCCGACAAUACCAGUAGUAACAACACUAACGAUAAUAGUUGUCGAAGUAAGAGUAACGGUGCUGGAAGUGGCGCCAACCUUUCCGUUAAUAGCAAUACCAAGAGUUCAGUGAGCCCCACAGCAGGAUCAUUUGGUCUUUCAAAAGACCUUGCAAAGGACAGGAAUGUUCUCCAGCAUCCUAAACCUACGCAGAAAAGAGGAGCAUUAUACGACGCCUUUGCCGCCGUGCCGACAGUGGCCGCGACUACCAAUGUGGAUUUUCCUCCCAACGAGGCGCCAAUGCUAAGCCCGCAAAGACCAUACUCUACUAGUCCUAAACAGUUUCCAGCAACAACUAAAAGUCCGUUACUGCGAUUUGCCUCAGUCUCACCCUACCCUAAAUUUCAUUCUGAUAAUCAAAUUAUGGCAUCAGCUGGUCUUACAUACGUCUCACCGCAUAAUAAAAAUAAAUACACAAGGCCGUUGAUUAGAAAAGGUUUAAAUUUUACCACAGAAUCAGUUAAUGAUUGCACUUAUAAAAUCAUCUUUGAACCGGAUGAAUUGGCUAUUAACAUAUAUAAGGAACUAUUCGGAACCAUGGGUUCCCAACCUGCAUCGCAGCCUUUGCUGAUAUUUUCGAAUGUUAAUUUACGCCAGGAUGUACCGCCUUUAGAUAUCUUAAAUGUUGUAGACUAUGUUCCUACGAAUGAAGAAAUUUCGCAGCAGAAAACUCAACCAACAGACCAUGGGGCCGUUGGUGUUUUUCAUCUAGACGACCAUAUUUCUCCGGGCGAACAAGGUCUUAAGCAAACAAUUGGUGAUAAAGCAGAUCUUAAAGGUAAAGAUGGCAAUAGCAGCCCUCAGGAAUUUAAAUUAAUAACUGAUGAAGAGCAAUUGAGAAGAGCGUCACAAGAACUGAAGGAUGAGGAAAAGGAUGCCGAGUCUCCUUGGCAAGCAAUCUUGCUGUUACCAAAAGGUUAUAAAGGAGGGGUAGAUUUUCGAAAUAAACCAGUGGCCCACACGGAUUCAUCUUUCAAUAAUGAAGACACAAUUACUCAUUCAGAGUUAGAAGUGAACACCGGAUCCCCUUCGCAAGAAAGCGGAUCACUUAAUGAAGCUGGUAUAGGCAUAACGCAACCCAUGUCGGAAGUACAAAGAAGAAAAGAAGACGUUACGCCCGCAUCACCAAUAUUAACAAGUAGUCAAACGCCGCAUUACUCAAACUCGCUUUAUAACGCACCUUUUGCUGUUUCCUCUCCACCAGAUCCUUUACCAAACCUUUUUACCACCACAAGUGAAAAAGUUUUCCCCAAAAUUAAUGUUUUAAUAGUUGAAGACAACGUCAUCAACCAAGCUAUCUUAGGUUCCUUUCUGAGGAAACACAAAAUCUCAUAUAAACUGGCUAAAAAUGGUCAAGAAGCUGUUAAUAUUUGGAAGGAAGGCGGUCUUCAUUUAAUAUUUAUGGAUUUACAGCUGCCUGUCUUGUCUGGUAUAGAAGCUGCCAAGCAGAUUAGGGACUUCGAAAAACAAAAUGGCAUUGGCAUUCAAAAAAGUCUCAAUAACUCACACUCCAAUCUUGAAAAAGGUACUUCAAAGAGAUUCUCUCAGGCGCCCGUGAUUAUUGUAGCAUUGACCGCAUCUAACUCUCAGAUGGAUAAAAGAAAAGCACUUCUUUCUGGUUGUAACGACUACCUGACUAAACCAGUGAAUUUACACUGGCUUAGUAAGAAAAUUACAGAGUGGGGAUGUAUGCAAGCCUUGAUUGAUUUUGACAGCUGGAAGCAGGGAGAAAGCCGGAUGACCGACAGUGUUUUGGUUAAAUCUCCACAGAAACCUAUUGCACCUUCCAACCCUCACUCAUUCAAACAAGCGACAUCUAUGACCCCUACACACAGCCCAGUAAGAAAAAAUUCAAACCUCUCGCCCACUCAAAUAGAAUUGUGA